UAUCAAACAGCAAUGUGGAAAUUCCCACUUGUGGCUCAAACUUCUCUACUUUUCUGGAUUUUCUUCAUCAUACUAAUGAUCGGAAGACGUCUUGAUGCAUCGACCCGCUGGGAUCACAUGAGCUUUAAUGUAGAAGAUACUCACAGACCAGUAGGCAGUUCAACGCACCAGGAGGAAAAAACUGAAGAAGCACUUGGUAUGGAGUUAUACCCUACAGGAUCCAACCUCCCAGACUGUUCCCAUGCAUGUGGACCAUGUUUUCCGUGCAAAAGGGUGAUGGUGAGCUUCAAAUGCUCAGCUGCAGAGUCCUGUCCCACUGUCUACAGAUGCAUGUGUAAAGGGAAAUAUUAUCACGUACCUUCCAAUUGAGCAUAAAUUCAAUCUGGAGGAGUAUGCAGCAAAGAACAAAGCAAUUAAUGAUUUGGUUAGCACUUGCACUGAUGUGGUGACUAAGGAUACAUUGAAGACUGAGACUAUAAUCUCUGUUGAUUUCAUUUGGGUUCAUUUCCUUGUACUGGGAUCAUUCUGUAUAAGAAACUAACUCAGAAAACAAAUUUUUUCGAGCAUCGGGAAGUUCAAUUAGGAAGUGAGAAGUCGGUUUUUUCUA